UUGUAGGUCUCUGAGAUGAAUGCCCAGUAUUUCCCUCCAAAGGAAGAUGUGAUCUUGCAGAAUGAAGACAAACUUUUUAUUUAACUACUUAACUUCUCUUAUGCUAUGCUAUUAUUGUGUUUCUCUCUCUCUCUCUCUCUCUCUCUCUCUAUAUAUAUAUAUAUAUAUGCCUCCCUCUCUCUCCACGAUUUUAUAUACGGAGGAAGCUGUUAUUCAGCUUCCCUAGCCUCUGGUUGCAUGAUCUCUCUUCUUGCUAGCGCCAUUGGUUUAUGGGCUCUUAUUCUCUCUCUUGACUUUUCUGAUUUUGAGAACGAAUUUCAUACAUCCCUUUUAAACUAAACCCAGAAAAAAUUCUGGUUCACCUCCAUUUUCGUGUUCAAUCUCGCUGAUUUCUGAUGCAUACCUGUUAAGUUUUGAACAGUUGCAUGCCAAUAUUUGACAAUAUUUAUUUAGUUGCUAAAUAGUUCUCUCAUUUUGGUGUAAAGACUUAUUAUAAUACUUAUAGGAGGAAGACAGGUUUGAUUGCUUUACUUGAUGUCGAUGGAACACUUACAGCUCUAAGAAAGGUAUGAUUUCUUAUUUUUGUUCCCUUUGUAAGCAAUCAUGUGACUUGAUCCAAAUGAUAUUGCAUUUUAAUUUGUUUAGUGUUCUUUUUAGUUUACCCCCUCCAACCAUUUUGAGUUUAAUUAGAAUUAAGUAUGAGCUAUACGCUGAUCUUUGAAUUUUUAUGAGGGAUCAAAACUACAUAUGAUCUGUCUUUUUUGUGUUCAUGAACACGCCUGAAGUUCAACCCCUUUCUUGGCUUGUACAGGCUAAUUUGGAAUUAAUAAUUGACUUGGGAUGGUAAAUCAAACAGAUGGAAAAAUUGAAUGGUUUUUUUAUUGGUGUUAGUUGGCUAAUAAAGGCAGAAAAGAUAGUUUGAGUCACUAGCUUAGACAUCACCCAUUAAAAGGGUACAAAACCGCAAUCUUUUCACAACUGUUUUUUGCUACCUCAUCACCUGGAUUAGGCUAAGCUGUGUUUAAUUGACUUGGGAGCAAGGAUUAAAGUAUCGGUAUCGGCCACCGUGUCGGUCGGUUAAAUUUAAGAUAUGUAUCGGAAGGUAUCGUAUCGUAUCGGAGAUAUGCUAAGAUAUGCUAAAGAUCAAGGAUUAACGUAUCAGUAUUGAUCAUCGUAUCGAUUGACUAAAUUUAAGAUAAAUAUCGGAGGGAUAUCGUAUCGUAUCGGAUUGGAGAUAUUUUAAACCAUGCUUGGGAGAAGGGUGUUGAUAGCACAUUGCCCAUCUUUCUCUUAUUAUUUCUUAUUUUUUUCUAUGUCUUGGUACCCUUUCUAUCUUUUUUCUUUAAUUUAAUUUCUUUAAUUCUAAACACAAUCCCUUUCCCGAAACCCUCUUCCCCCUUCGUGCUCCUAAACUCUAUCUCUCACAUUCUCUUUCAUCCCAUCCUCUUUCUCUCUCUCUCCUUCGGCAGACCUAGCACUCCCAUCUUGCUCUUGUUGAACCCAGCACUCCCUCUAAGAGUUGAUCAUCUUUCUAUUCAUCUUCUUCUCCGUUUGAAUCUGAAGCUCAACGAUGGGGAAAAAAAAUAAAGCCUGUUUGCACUUCUUCUCCGUCUGAAUCUGAAGCCCAAUGAUGGAAGGGACUCCUUUGCGGCAACCAAUAUCAUCACAAGCACUCUGUUCAUGGUGAGUCUCUUCCUCUACAGCAACCAAGAUUAUUACAAGAGAAUGAUGCUAUUACAGGACAAUAACAUAUCAGAACCAACUCCAGUAAAACUAGGGAGGCUCUUACAACUUCAGACACUAGAUCUUUCAAAUAAUUUCUUCACUGGUGAAGUUCCAUCUUCAUUGGGCCGCUUGCAAAAACUCCAAUACUUGCAAGAGGUCAUGUACCAGAGACUUGUGAAACUUGUUUUGCUGGAUCCAUUCAGAGCUGGGCAUGUCUUCGAUUUUCUCUUACCUCAUUUCCAUUGUUUAGAAAAUGUCCUAUAACUUUUAUUUUGAUAUAAUGAGUUCUUUGUUGAUAUAUGUAAUGUAUAACAUGACCUUCAUUUGUGAAGUUAUUUACAUCCUCUAAAUUAUUUUGCAUUUUGUAGUUUUUUUUAUUAAAUGGAUUUUGAUAACA